GAAAUUGAAAAUAGUCUGCCAUCAGAAUCGCUAGUGACAUCUUUGGAACAAAGUUUAUGCAAAACAAGAACCUUCAAAAUAAUAAUUCUUGGUGAUUCUGGAGUCGGUAAAACCUGUUUGGCCACCAGGUUGUGUCAGGGCCAGUUCCCAGAAAGAACCGAUGCCACCAUUGGAGUUGAUUUCAGGUACAAAAAUCUUCUCAUCAAGGAUGAAUUAGUCAAGUUACAAAUCUGGGACACAGCCGGCCAGGAAAGGUAUAGAAAAAGUAUGGUACACCACUUCUACAGGAACGUAAAUGCCGUUGUGUUUGUGUAUGACGUCACAGACCUGUCAUCAUUUGAGAACCUUCCCGUCUGGAUUCAUGAGUGUGAGUCAUACCAUCUGAAGGAAGAUGUCUUGCGGAUCAUCAUUGGGAAUAAGUGCGACAUAGAACCCCACAAAGUACUGACAUCCAUCGCCCAGAGAUUUGCAGACAGGUACUACAUGCCCCUCUUUGAAACAUCAGCCAAGGACAAGUCACAGAGUAAUUAUGUAGAUUCAAUUUUCAUCACACUAGCCCACAAACUCAUGAACAGUAAAAGAUGGCUACCGAGUCAA